GAGUGUAUUAGGGUCGGAAAGGUUUUAGGGUGAAUUCGAAUCGGAUAUGGAAUUAACAAUAGUGGAAUUACCGGGAUUUAUAUACGCUUUUUGACCACAGUGGAUUUAUUGUGUAAUGUUACACAUGUGAAGUUUGUGUUUUUUGGAAUCUUCAAUCCCUGGAGUUAUGCAGGGGCACUUGGCAUUAGUGCUUUGCAUGGUUUUACAGGCCAUCGGAGCAUUUCCGUCAUGUGACCCCGACCCCUGUUGGAAUGGUGCAGUAUGUACCACAAUCUACUAUGGACAGUCCUUAUGCAGUUGUGGAGAGCAGUACAUUGGGGAAUACUGUCAGCACGACAAUCCAUGCUGGGGCUCCAAUCUCUGUCUAAACAACGGAACAUGUAUCGUCAUCCAGGAUAACAACUUCAGGCCAGAAUGUAACUGUAAGAUAGGAUUUUCUGGAUCUCUCUGUGAAUUUGAGGAUCCAGGCAGUGCGUGUUACAGUCAUCCUUGUCAGAAUGGAGGAACAUGUGAACUAGUCAACAGCCUCACCGAAUUUGUGUGUCAUUGUGUCAUAGGCAACAGAGGAAAGUUAUGUCAGUUAACAGACCACUGUGCCUCGCAGCCAUGUCGCAAUGGAGGUACAUGUCAUGCUCUCGAAGAUGGCUACCACUGCAAUUGUCCGAUUGGUUUUACUGGAACAGGAUGUCUUGAUGAUGUGAAUGAGUGUACAGAACAACCAGGAAUGUGUCUGAAUGGCGGGGUGUGUGAAAACACCUAUGGAGGAUAUAGUUGUAACUGCCCAAUAAAGUACACUGGCAGGCACUGUGACAGCCUCUUCAUCCCCUGCACGCCCAGUCCUUGUGAGAAUGAGGGUACCUGCCUGGCCACGAGUUCCUAUACCUACCAGUGUCUCUGUCGCACAGGUUUCCAUGGCAUCCACUGUCAAGUUAACAAUGAUGACUGCACGAACAGCAACUGUAGCAAUGGGUCAACUUGUCGAGAUGGCGUCAACUCAUACACCUGUGAAUGUCCCCCAACCCACACAGGAACUUUCUGUGAAACGGAUGUGAAUGAGUGUUUGGAGUUCCCUGGAAUAUGUAAGAACGGUGCGACCUGUAUGAACACCCCAGACUUUGACUAUACCUGUAUCUGUGUUAAUGGUUGGACUAGUAAGGACUGUAGUGAGAAUAUAGACGACUGUCAAACUCAGCCUUGUCUCCACAACGGAACUUGUCAGGACCAUGUGGGCUACUUCACAUGUACCUGUCCACCGGACAAAACUGGUCUGCGCUGUCACAUGAAUAACGCCUGCGAGUCAAACCCGUGCCAGAACAACGCCAUCUGUGAGGCCUCCCCUAUGAAUGGUCAAUACCGCUGUACCUGUAGUCAAGGAUGGACUGGCCCCACCUGUGAAACCGACCUCAACGAGUGUCAGGAUGCCGCUCUGGUUAUCUGUGAGCAUGGCGGCACUUGUCAGAACACGCAGGGCAGCUACUACUGUGACUGUCGCCAAGGAUUCAGUGGCCCCUUGUGUGAGGAAAACAUUAAUGAAUGUGUGUCUAACCCUUGUAAGAAUGAUGGCACAUGUCUCGAUAAAAUGGGCAGCUAUAUCUGUGUCUGCAUGGCAGGAUACGAGGGUUCCAUGUGUGAGAUAGAAAUAGACGAAUGUGCCACAGACCCAUGCCGCAAUGGUGGUACGUGUGAAGACCAGAUCAACAAGUUCCGCUGCUUCUGUCCAGCAGGUUUUACCGGUACUACCUGCAGUCUCAACAUUGACGAAUGCCUGAGUAACCCUUGUGUCAACGGCGCCAUUUGUAAUGACACCAUUGACGGAUAUAUCUGCAACUGUUUGCAUGGAUUUACUGGAGAUCGAUGUGAACAGGACAUUGACGAGUGUGCUGGCAUCAACUGUCACAAUGGUAACUGUGUGGAUCUCCAAGGAGACUACCGAUGUGACUGUAACCGUGGCUUCACUGGCAAACACUGUGAUCAGGACAUCAAUGAGUGUGAUGCAUCCCCUUGUCAGUUUGGUGGCACAUGCGUACAGCUCAAAGAUGGUGGCGGGUAUGAUUGCCAAUGUCCACUAGGAACUUCAGGUAUGAACUGCGAGAAGAAUCAUAACGAAUGUGCUAACAACCCCUGUUUUAACGACGGUAUCUGUCACGAUGGUAUCAACACUUACUCUUGUACCUGUGAACCAGGCUACACAGGGAAGAACUGCGAGACCAAUAUUGAUGAAUGUCUCUCCAAUCCCUGCAACAAUGGCGGAAAGUGUGUGGAUGGUAUUAACGGGUUCCGCUGUAACUGCCCACCAGGAUACUAUGACGAACAGUGUCUCUCAAAUAUUGACGAGUGUACCAGUAGUCCCUGUCUACAUGGUGGUCAGUGUAAGGAUGGGGUCAACAGGUUUGACUGCUUGUGUCUUGAUGGAUAUGAGGGCGCGCGCUGCGAGACACAGAAGAAUUACUGUCAGUCCAAUCCAUGUCAGCACCGUAGUGAAUGUGUGAAAUUCCUUGGUGGCUACAGUUGUCGAUGUCUGCCUGGUUACACAGGUAUCAACUGUGAGAUCAACAUUGAUGAUUGUCACAGUAAUCCCUGUGUCCAUGGAAGCUGUACUGACCUCGCCAACACCUACCAAUGUCACUGUCAAGUGCCCUGGACAGGCACCAACUGUGACCAGAAAAUGGAUCCCUGCAGCUCCAACCCCUGUACCAACCAGGCCACCUGUACCAAUGACUUUGACUUCAAUGACUUUUCCUGUAGCUGUAACCCUGGCUACACAGGUCGUUACUGCCAUGAGGACAUCAACGAGUGUAAUCACUCUCCCUGUGCUAAUGGCUAUUGUACCAACACCAUGGGUUCCUUCAACUGUACAUGUAGCAUGGGCUUUGAAGGGAAAUACUGCGAAAUUGACCAUGACGAUUGCUUCCCUGACCCCUGUAUGAAUGGUGGCACAUGUUUUGACAAAACAAACGAAUACACCUGUGUCUGUCGUAAAGGCUAUACAGGUACCAAUUGUGAGAUCGAGAUCAACGAGUGUAACUCAAACCCUUGCCAGAACCAAGCCGUCUGCACUGAUUAUGUUGACUCCUAUGUCUGCUCCUGUCGCGCUGGAUUUAGCGGCGUUCAUUGUCAGAAUAACGACGAUGACUGUACCUCCAGCUCCUGCUUACACGGUGGUCGCUGCAUCGAUGGUAUCAACGAAUUUCAGUGUAUGUGUGAAUUAGGGUACACUGGCUCCAACUGUCAGCAUCGUAUCAACCCGUGUGAUUCCAACCCCUGUAUGGAUGGGGGCACCUGUGACAACCACGGCUCUGCCUUCAAGUGUUACUGCCCCUAUGGCCUGACUGGACCACGUUGUGAAGCAUUUGUCGACUGGUGUACUGACAACCCCUGUAAGAAUGGUGCCACAUGCUCCCAGGAGGCACACUUGUACAAGUGUACAUGCGCCCCAGGCUGGAAUGGACCAAGGUGUGACAUCAGUGCCGUCACCUGUCUCGCCGCUGCCAACAUAAAAGGUGUACCAGUAACAGAACUUUGCCAAAAUGGAGGUAUCUGUACUAAUGUCAAUAACAGUCACAGGUGUCAGUGUAGCCAAGGUUACAUAGGCAGUUACUGUGAGGAGGAUUUUAAUGAAUGUGCAUCAGCACCCUGUCAGAAUGGUGGGUCAUGUCAAGACAAUGUGGGCAACUACAAGUGUACCUGUCCCAAUGGUUUUAUGGGUGCAAACUGUGAAAUGAAUAUUAACGACUGUGCCAGCAACCCGUGUGCCAAUGGUGGUACCUGUCACGAUCUGAUCGCUGACUUCCAGUGCUCUUGUCCACGUGGCACACAAGGUUUUUUGUGUCAGUACAAUGAGGAGGACUGUUACGCGGGAGCAUGUCACCAUAACGGCACCUGUGUCGACAAGGUCAGUGGAUUUGAGUGCAUAUGUCCCGCAGGAUUUGUUGGUGAGCAUUGCGAAGGUGAUGUGAAUGAAUGCCAGACACAGAAACCGUGUGAUCCUGUUGGAACCUUCAGCUGUGUCCAGCUCAACAACGACUAUCGCUGUGACUGUAAUCCAGGGUACACAGGACGACACUGUGCUCAGCCGAUGAACUUCUGCAUGCCCAACCCUUGUCGUAACGGUGGAACCUGUACAAAGGCACAGCAUAGCUACCAAUGUGCAUGUACUGGGGGUUACUUUGGAGACUUAUGUGAGCUUAGUGCUUGUACAAGCUCCCCUUGCCAUAACAAUGGUAUAUGUAUACCUGGUUCUCAUGGAUUUGACUGCAUGUGUGAGCAAGGCAUAACUGGGGACAGAUGUGAGAUUGACGAAGUUGACGAAUGUGUAUCCUCACCAUGUCAACGAGGAAAAUGUCUGGACAGACCUGGUCGUUAUGAAUGUGAUUGUCCUGUCCGUUACACUGGAGUCAACUGUCACAUAUAUGACCCAGUAUCCCCAGGGGGCAUCGGUACCGACCAGAUGACCACACCCACUCCUGACAAGGGCUCCUCCUGUCCCAUGGCAGAAUGUGCUGCCAAAGCUGGAGAUGGAAUAUGUGAUAAAGAGUGUGCUAUAGUGGACUGUGAGUUUGAUGGUGGGGACUGUUCGUUAGGCUUCCUGAAGUUGUGGCAGAGGUGUUCACAGCCUCGUAAUGGUGUAGCCUGCUACAACGUGUACAACAAUUCACAGUGUGAUCAGGGCUGUAACAAUCCAGACUGUCUGUUUGAUGGUGGCGACUGUAAUGUGAAGGAACCCUGCAACCCCAGCUAUAACUUAUACUGUGAGAAACACUACAAGAAUGGGCAUUGUGAUACUGGCUGUAACACUACAGCGUGUAACUGGGAUGGGGGAGAUUGCAGUCAGAAGCCGAAUAUUCUCCCAGGAACCAUGGUGCUUGUUGUCAUGAAGACCCCAGAAGAAUUUCUUCAGGACUCUUCAAAGUUUCUGAGAGUUCUUGGACAACUUCUUCAGAUAAUUGUCAAAAUUAAGUUGACAGAUGCAGGAGAAAAAAUGGUUUAUCCAUGGAAACCUAACCCAGUCGUUGCAUCCUCCCGCUCGAAGAGAUUUGCUGUGAUUCGUUCAUUGCGUUCCGUUCCUGAUGAUGAGUAUAUAGGGAGCGAGGUACACUUGGUUCUGGAUCGAAGUCUAUGUCUGGCCAAUAAUUGUCUCAAGUCUGUGGACACUGCUGCUGAGGUACUUGUAGCCUCCAUUCAGAAUGGCUGGACCCCACUGGUACCCAUUCGCCAGGUACAAGUGGACCCUCCUGGUAACCCCGGCAGUACAACUGAACCAGAUAAUGUUGCCAGCAAUUAUAUGUACUGGAUCGGCGGUGGUGUUGUUUUACUUGUCCUUACCUUGGUCAUCAUCGUUGUCCUGUCCAGAAAGAGGGCGACAGGUAACACUUGGUUUCCAGAGGGAUUCUUCACAACCAAUACCAGCACCCAAAAGGACACCACCAACUCCUCCAAACGUCGCGUUCCUGAUGGCGAGGAGGGAAAGAAUAUGAAGGGUUUGUGUGAUGGACUUGAUCACCAUGGCUGUACUUCACCUCCCUGGGACCCUGACGAACAGUCACCAAAAACCAAACGAGUCAAGCUUGAGCAGGAAGACCCAGAGUAUGACCGAGCCUCAGACAUGCGCCCCUGGACCCAGCAGCACCUGACAGCUGCCAAUAUCCCUAACGACAUGGCCUUGACCCCUCCAGAGGACCACAGUGGUGUAAAAGACGUGGAUGUGAGAGGUCCAGACGGCUUCACUCCACUCAUGUUAGCAUCGUUUCGUGGUGGCGGCCUCGACUCCGGUGUUGAUGAUGACUCAAGCGGUUCAGGAUCAGGAGAGAGCGGAGAUUCAGAGGACCGAUCUGUAGACAUUAUCACAGGUCUGCUUAUGCAAGGUGCUGCAAUCAAUGCCCAGACUGACCGCACAGGAGAAACAUCGUUACAUUUAGCAGCUAGGUACGCAAGAGCAGAUGCUGCUAAAGUGUUAUUAGAUGCUGGUGCUGACCCCAACUCAGAAGACAGUACUGGGCGACGCCCACUUCACGCAGCAGUCGCUGCUGAUGCUCAGGGUGUUUUCCAGAUUUUAUUACGUAACCGUUCCACACACCUCAAUGCUAAGAUGAAUGACGGCACCACGCCUAUGAUUUUAGCUGUACGUCUUGCUACUGAGGGCAUGGUAGAGGAACUUAUAAAUGCUGAGGCUGAUAUAAAUGCGUCAGAUGAGUAUGGUAAGACAGCAUUGCACUGGGCUGCUGCUGUCAAUAACGCAAAUGCUGCUCAAGUGUUACUACAGCAUGGCGCUAAUCGGGAUGCUCAGAAUAUGAAGGAUGAGACUCCACUUUUCUUGGCAGCAAAGGAGGGAAGUUUUGAAACGGCCAAGAUUCUGUUGGAUCAUUUUGCAAAUCGUGAUAUCACAGAUCAUAUGGACAGACUUCCUAAAGACAUAGCUAGUGAGCGUCUGCAUCAAGAUAUCCUUCAGCUUCUCGAUGAAUAUCCUGCUAACAGUCCCAAUGUAUCCAUGCAUGGAAUGCCAACCUCACCAAAUCAUCUUCAUUAUAUGCCACAGAAACAGUCGAAACCAAAGUCACGGAAAAGUAAAAAUGGUAGUCUGGGCCAUCCUAUAUCUCCAAAUGGAGUUUCUAAUGGACACACAAAGAAAAGUCGGCCCAAAAAGAAACCGGCAAAAAGUGCUAACAGAAAUUGUGUGCCUCAUAGUAGUGAGGGAUCUUCAGUGGGUACAGUGUCCCCAGGGAACUCUAUAGAGUCACCACAGGGGUAUGAGCGGACGCCGCCGUCCUAUGACAGUAUGUAUGGUAAAGGUUACCCCCUUGCCCUGCCCCAGGGGGUUAUGCCUGACCACAAUAUGUUAGGGAGUGGCCAGUAUGAACCCACAAUGGAACAAUCAGAGGUGUUGUGGCACCAAGGCCACAUGCAGAACCCCCAUGUGGUGCCUCUCCCCACACCACCUCAUACACUGCCACAGGCCACUUCCCCUCAUAGUAUUCCCGUUUCCAUUCCUACGCCUCCAAACAGCAUGCAGUCAAACGGAAGCCCUGCCCAUGACAAGAUAUCACCUAUGAAGAAAAGUUUUCCCACAUCCCCAACACACAUUCAGGCCAUGCAGCAACGAGCCAGGCAGGAGCGUGCUCAUGACAGCCCACUGAGCAGGCAAAAUGAACAAUUCUCAUAUCCUAAUACAAAUGUGGUGGAGAACAUUCCAGUGACAGCACUAUACACAGACAAUUAUGGGCAGUCAACUGGUCAGCAUCACCAGCCCAAAUACCUAGACCAAUACCCUACACCUCCAUCACAACAUAGCAUGGAGUCCCCACCCCAAAUAAUCCAUGGUGCAAUGCCCGAUCACUACCUAACACCCUCACCUGACUCUCCUGGACAGUGGUCAAGUUCUUCACCGCACUCCAUCUCUGACUGGUCAGAAGGGAUUUCAAGUCCUGAUCAGCCUCUACAGAACCGGAGUAACAAGCCAGUGUAUAUCUAGUGGUGUGGCUGUGUGGUGCUGGUGUUUCCUAAUGGUGUAACCACUAAAGACUGCUGACCCAAAUAAUGGUCAAAUCAGCAGUACUCGGCAAAUAUGGAAGUGGUGGUAAUUUUCCCAGAUACGAUUAUUCUGUGUAUAAUAGGAUUUACACUUAAUGGAGAUAAGGGAAAACUGUGUCCUGUUAUCAGGCAGUGUGUACCGUGUGUACAACCUAGGACCGCCAGCAUGCUCCGAGAGACCUAGGACCGCCAGCAUGCUCCGAGAGACCUAGGACCGCCAGCAUGCUCCGAGAGACCUGGGACCGCCAGCAUGCUCCGAGAGACCUAGGACCGCCAGCAUGCUCCGAGAGACCUGGGACGUACAGUGUUCAAUGUGCUAGUAGUUCUCUGAUCCUGUGGAUCUCUGCAUUUAAAUGUCUCCCCAUACAGGGGAGACAAAACAUUUAUAAUUCUGUGUCUCCUCUAUCUUGGGAUAUAUAAUUAGGAGUCACAGAAAAACCUGGGUCUCCCACUGGGAGUGCCCGGCCACAAAGGGACCAUUUAUCUUCAUCUUUAUCAUCCUCAUCAUCACAGUCCUCUCUAUAGAAGUGUGUAUAGGCAGCAGUGACUGUCAUUCAAAGGUGUAAUAUAUUGUCAGCCUUUUUAAUGUGUCCAUGUACCACAUAUGUUUGAUUCGCAUGGUUUAGAUCAUCAUUUCCACAACUCCACUGUAAAUCUUUGUACAUCACUUGAUACAGGCAUUUGUUUACAGUACCAGGUAAUUUCUACCCCCCAUUUUUUUUCGUGAAGAUUUUAUUUUUGAUGGGGGGGAAAAGAAGUCUUAUGGGGGGGGGAAAAAUAUAAUUAACAAAAUAUGUAACGUGUUUGUACAGUUACAUUGGAAUCUGUGGAAAUCAUGAAAUUGAUGCUGUAACAGUCCCCCUCCUGACCCCCUACCUCUACACUAACAAGCUAGGGGGUCAAUAUGAGGGGGCACUUUAAGGGGUAUGUAAUGCACAGGUAGUCUAUUAUAUCAAUAGAUUUGACAAAUGCAUGCUGACGUCCAGUCAGAUUUGUGCACUCAUUCCGCCAUUGUAGGUUUUUAGUAGUAAAUAUAGCCAUGUGAUCUCAUUCAAGAAUGUUACAUCUAAUGUACAUAACUAUUUUUGUAAGUUUUCUACACAGUUAAUGUCCAGCCUGGUUCAGAGCCAGGAAUUGUCUCUUCCUUCUGUACCAUUCUCUGUCAAACGGAACAAAUCGAAGAUAACCAAAGACUCAUUGUGUUGUCCAACUACAUGGUACUCAUGCAUGGUAAUUUUUUUGUUGUUAAAUGUUUUGUUAAAUUCUGUUUUCGCUAUUACAAUUUUAUAUUUUUAAGACCAAAUAAUAUGAGGAGUUCAACACUCAUAUGAUGCGUAAUGCUAAUCCCAUGUUACAGAGAAGCUGAUUGUCAUGCAUAGAGAAGUUUAUUCUGUAAAUAUAUAUACAGUCUACCCACCUUUUGCCCAUUUUAUAAAGUGCUGGUUAAUUAGACUACAAAAAUAGGGCAGACAAUGAUAAUGAUAUAUAAUCCUGGUAUCAAAUGAAACAAAGCGCUACGAUAUAUGGGCUUUACUCUGGGAGGGGUUUCUUAGUGGCAUUAUACACUUACACAGGGUAUUGAUAUUCCUGGUAGUGUAUAAUUAUACACAGGGUAUUGAUAUACCUGGUAGUGUAUAAUUAUACACAGGGUAUUGAUAUUCCUGGUAGUGUAUAAUUAUACACAGGGUAUUGAUAUUCCUGGUAGUGUAUAAUUAAACACAGGGUAUUGAUAUUCCUGGUAGUGUAUAAUUAUACACAGGGUAUUGAUAUUCCUGGUAGUGUAUAAUUAUACACAGGGUAUUGAUAUUCCUGGUGGUGUAUAAUUAUACACAGGGUAUUGAUAUUCCUGGUGGUGUAUAAUUAUACACAGGGUAUUGAUGUACCUGGAAGUUUAUAAUUGGUAGUGUAUAAUUAUACACAGGGUAUUGAUAUUCCUGGUAGUGUAUAAUUAUACACAGGGUAUUGAUAUUCCUGGUGGUGUAUAAUUAUACACAGGGUAUUGAUAUUCCUGGUAGUGUAUAAUUAUACACAGGGUAUUGAUAUACCUGGUAGUGUAUAAUUAUACACAGGGUAUUGAUAUUCCUGGUAGUGUAUAAUUAUACACAGGGUAUUGAUAUACCUGGUAGUGUAUAAUUAUACACAGGGUAUUGAUAUUCCUGGUGGUGUAUAAUUAUACACAGGGUAUUGAUAUUCCUGGUAGUGUAUAAUUAUACACAGGGUAUUGAUAUACCUGGUAGUGUAUAAUUAUACACAGGGUAUUGAUAUACCUGGUAGUGUAUAAUUAUACACAGGGUAUUGAUAUACCUGGUGGUGUAUAAUUAUACACAGGGUAUUGAUAUACCUGGUAGUAUAUAAUUAUACACAGGGUAUUGAUAUACCCAAUAGUGUACAAUUAUACACAGGGUAUUGAUAUACCUGGACUUUAAAGUAUUAAUAGAUUGAUAAUAUCAUUUCUAAAUAGUGAGAGGAUAAAUUCAACACAAAAUUUAUUUCUUCACCAGACCAGUAGUUUACAAAUGUAAAUAUAUGGUGCUAUAUUUUUCACAGAGCAGGUCCCAGACUCAAAGUUGUCUUCAAAAACAUCGAAAUAGUGAACAUUGUUGAUAACAUUAUAUAAAUACUGUCUGCAAACCAAAUAUUGAACAAAACAUACAUGUUAUCUAUGUGGCUGUCCUUUAUAUCCAGUUUUUCAGUUGUUUGUGAUUAGCAUACAGGAAUGAGUAUUGGAAGACUUUUUAAUUUGUAUUUCUGGUAUAUAUGUGAUAACACCAUUCAUUUUAUGGGCAGGUCUGGGUGUGUUCAGGGAUUUUAUAUCCUGAAAAAUAAUCACCUAUCCCAAUUGUCAUGCACUUCCUCAAAUUACACAACAAACAAUUGCAAAGGUCAAAUUGGUGCAUUUGAUUUAAAAUCAUAUCAAUGUGGAUUUUCUUGCAAUGAAUUUAAUCCCUAAAGAAGUCCUCAAAUGUUCCUAGACCAAUACAUCCUAUCUUUGAAUAGCGGCCAUGUCAGUACUAUACUCCCCACGUUUUUAAUCACAACCAAACUACAUUUUUAUAUGUAUUUUUUUAUCGUAAACCAAAGUCCAUUGAUAUUGUAUUUUAAUAAAAUUUUGCAAUUUAUUUUGAAAUGCUUUUUAGCCCACCGUUAUUUUGAUAUGGUUUAUUACUAUGACCAAUGCAUAUUGAGUGUGAAUGGGCAUCAAGAACAGGCUUUUUAUCUCAUGACUUUGUAGCAAAUUUUAAAUGAAAUGUUUUUUUAUAUAUUUUUCACUAGCAUGAAAUAUGUAUUAUGAUCAAAUGAUGAAUUUCUCCAAAUAUUAAGAGAUUCUUACAGAGUAGUAUUUGUUAUGUGUUUCACUAGGUAUAACACAGUAUUGUGUUGAUAGUGUUUAGCAAUGUGCCAUGGACAAGAAAAUUAAACAAUGUAUGAUAUAUUAACAGACAUUUCUGUCUUAACUCAGUCAGUUCUAUGUAAUAUUUAAUUUUUUUAAUUUAUAUGAAUACUAUUGACACAAUUAAGAGAUUAAUCAUAUGAUAACUUUAUUUUACAAAGAUAUCGUGCUCAUUUUAGAGUUAAUUUCAAAUUUUUUAGAUGUUCAUAAUUUUAUUGUAAAAGCUUGAUGCAUGAAUUUCAAUUAAAAUAGCAAGGCAUUGUUGCUGGUUUUCUGUUUACUGAUAAUCAAAUUUGAAGAAAAAGCCAACAUUUGAUAGUGAACAAAUAGAAAAGCAGUAUCCCUCCAAAAGAUCAAAUGUAAUUUCAACUUUGAAUCCAAAUGAUAUGUGAACAAUAUUUUUAUAUUUACAUGUGUAACAAAACACUUCUAGGAACUGAACUGUCUUCAUGUUAAACAAUGUUCAAAUUGGAUAAUAACAAAAUAGUUUUCCUAGUUUGAGCUAUAGUAAAUUGUAUAUGGAAGUUGUGUUUCCUUGCCAACCAGGAUGAUGUACUGGUUGUUAGGGGGUAAUAGUGCUUUGUAGUACCGGCUGUAUAGCCCAUGCUGGUACUACCUCCAGAGGCACAGAGUUCUCUAUCUGUUAUAUAAAGUUUGUUUUUAUUGUUAUUAUCAGUUAAACAUUGUUGAGAGUUUUAUUACAAGAAUCUUACUCAAUAGAAAAUGAAGUGUCUCGUAUUAUACCACAGCUCUACGUAAACACACCAUCUUCAAUGUAUUCAUUCAUUAGACUUCACCAUUUCCAUAUUCCUGGGUAAUUUUUCAGUUUGAUAUAAAGAAACAUCUUCAUACCACAAAUGGCCAGUUAAUGUUUCUUAAUCAUUGAAUUAUUCAGGGAAUGUAUUGUGAAACACAAUUCUUUAUUAUUAACAAAACCAGAUCCAUACUCGAAAAGUCUUGUUUUUAAAUUAUGAAAAUAUUUCGACAUUGAUGUCAUCCAUAUCCAAAGAGCUUUUUUAUAACUGAACAUAAUUGGAAUAUCCUUUUUAAUGAGAUCUGUGGAGAGAUGGUAGCCUGAAGCAGUGACUGAGCUGGGUAUACAUUUGUACCCUAUAUUCUUGCAAUGUUUGAAAGGGAGGUAGAGCUGUACCACAAUUUUCUUGCAAUGUAGGGCACACAAGAUGUUUUGUAGGUGAUAUUUUGUACAGUGAUAACUUAUUAUCCUACGUUUGAUGCUACAGCAGUAUGUCACUUCUAUAGCUUGCCAUGGUAACCAUGUUGUUAUGGCAACCAUUGUAUAUUACAUUAUAGACAUCACAAUUUCUUUAAGAAAACAAAAAAUAAAGAAAUUUAUGUAGA